AUAACAAUGUAAUUAGAGGGGCGUUCUUGGAAUUUUUCGCAGGUCCCUGCCUUGUCGGUCACGUGAUCACAGCAGCAGCAUUAUUAGUUUCGUAUUUCAAUCAAAUGGAAGCAUUGUAACAUUGCAUAGCUUAUAUUGUAUGUUUUAUUUGCAUUUCAACUUACACAAUUAAGAAAUGUCUGUGGAAGGAAAUCCAAAGAACAAUGGGAUUCCAGAUAUUGUUAUUGACAAAGAGGAAAGCGAGGUUUGCCAUUUUGUGUUUUGUCAAAUGGAUGCUCUGAGGCCAUUCCAUGACGAAUCUGUUUGGAAAGAGGUCAGGCGUUGGGUCAAGUUUGAGGAGGAACUAGAGGAGGAUGGAAAACGAUGGUCCAAGCCGCACGUGUCAUCAUUGAGUAUGCAGUAUCUAACAGAGUUACAUCUGAUUGUAACAGCCAAUCCAGUGCUGCUAGACCUAGAAGCGACAUCUAUGCACGAAAUAGUAGAUCUGUUGCUUGAACAUUGGUCCAGCGAUGGUACUUUACAGCCGUUAUUAUUGAACCACGUCAGAACUGUUCUCUUAAAGAAACAUAAACACAAGACGCUUCAUAAACAUCUUCAUAACAUUCUGCCAAAAAGUCUGCCAAAGAUACGAUCGGGGGUACAAUUAUCCGAAAAUCAUAGUCAGAGUGAAGACGAAGACCGAGAUACCCCGAAUGAGUCAAAAAGUCACACAAAUCAGGCAUAUAACCAUUCUGAAUCUACCGAAUCAAUAGACAAUACUGAAAACGGAACAUCCGAUCACAAAAACGAGGUUGGACUUUCGGAUGGGGAGAGGAAUACGAAGUUUAAGAAGAAGAUACCACCGGGUUCUGAAGUAAUGAAUAUUAUGGUAGGGGAAGUCGAAGGUUUGAUGGGAAAUCUGUGUGCUUUUGUACGACUACAAACUGCUAGUGAUAUUGGAAUGAUAACAGAAGUUGAUCUACCAACUCGUUUCCUGUUUAUUUUACUGGUUCCAAAAGGGAAUUUGGAACCAGCAGAGGAAGCUGCUCGAUGUAUGGGAACACUGAUCACAGAUGACAUUUUUAGGGAGGUAGCAUACAAGGCUGAAUCAGAGAUAGAUAUAUUAACCGGAAUUCAAGAAUUUACCAGUCAAACAACAGUUCUGCCACCUGGAUGUUGGAAUCCAUCUACAAGAAUAGAACCUCCGGAUACUUUACCAACAAAGGAGACUCGAAAAGCAGGUCAAUCCUUUAAGAAGAAAGAACCCCAAACUCAUAUAGAUGCCACCCUGCAAAGAACUGGCAGGUUAUUUGGUGGUCUUGUGGCAGAUGUUAAGAGAAAACUACCCUGGUAUAAGAGUGACUUUACGGAUGGAUUACAUAUUCAGUGUUUUGCGUCAUUUAUAUAUUUAUUUCUAGCGACUUUGGCACCAAAUGUGACCUUUGGUGGAUUACUUGGAGACGAAAUUGAUAAUUUUAUGGGACCAAUGGAGUGUAUAUUAGCCGCGGCUAUAACUGGUGUGGUGUUUGCCUUAUUUUCUGGUCAGCCAAUGAAUAUCUUAGGAAGUACAGGUCCAAUGUUGGUAUUAGAAAUGAUACUGUAUAACUUUUGCGUUGACAGAGAUUGGGAUUAUAUGCCUUUCAGAUGCUGGGUUGGAAUAUGGAUAGCAUUUAUAAUUUUCAUUAUCGUUGCACUAGAUUUAAGUGCGUUAGUUCGAUUCAUCACCCGUUUUACAGAAGAAUGCUUCGCUUGCCUUAUUGCACUGAUCUUCAUUUUCCAAGCAUUUGAAAAUUUAAUUAAGAUUGAAGACAAGUAUCCAAUUCAUUUCCAUGCAUCAUUAACUAAUUCAUGCGUGUGCGAAAACUUUACAAUACCGUAUAAUAGAUCAACUAAUUUUAAUGUGUCCGGAUAUACAACGAACAUGUCAAGCAGAAAUGCGCAUGACAGGGAUUUCAAUAUUUCGUUCCAUGAUGCGGGUACUAUAAACAAUAGUGUGCUUCCAACUUACUGUUCUGAAUAUGGCGGUAAUCUUACCGGAAGUGGAUGUGGCGACAAACUGUAUGAGCCGAAUGUGUUCUUUAUGUCGUGUUUGCUUUUCCUAGGAACAUUUGGAAUUGCAAUAUUUUUAGUUAACAUCAAGGGAGGAACGUUUGCUACUGCAACGGUAAGGCGUACUAUCAGUGACUUUGGAGUUCUACUGUCCAUCAUAUCUAUGGUUGUAGUUGAUGCUUUAGUUGGCGUUCCGACACAAAAACUAUCAGUUCCUGCUGAGUUUAAGCCUAGUAAUGCUGCCCGUGGCUGGUUCAUCAAUCCCUGGAGUGAUAAAAAUCCCUGGUGGUUGAUAUUAGUAGCAGCUAUCCCAGCACUACUGACAACAAUCCUGAUAUUCAUGGAUCAGCAAAUAACAGCUGUUAUCGUUAAUCGACCAGCUCAUAAACUUAGGAAAGGAGGAGGCUACCAUUUAGACAUGCUCAUUCUUGGUAUAUUGAUAGUUGUUCUCUCGUUAUUUGGACUUCCAUGGUAUGUUGCAGCCACCGUGUCGGCGCUGGCGCACAUAAAGAGUUUAACAAGAGAGUCAGAAUGUGCUGCUCCAGGAGAGAAACCAACGUUUCUUGGUGUAAGGGAACAGAGGGUAACAGCAUUACUUGUGGGAAUAUUGAGUGGUUUUGCUGUUCUUAUAACUUCAGUUCUCAAGUUCAUACCAAUGCCAGUUCUCUAUGGUGUGUUUCUUUACAUGGGUGUUGCUUCCCUGAAAGGAAUGCAGCUAGUUCAACGAAUAAAAAUCGUAUUUAUUCCACCAAAAUACCAGCCUGAUUAUGAAUACCUCCGACAUGUUCCAUUGAUGAAGGUUCAUCUCUUCACAUUCCUUCAAAUAAUUUGUUUGGGUGUUUUAUGGGCUGUUAAAAGUAUUCAUGAGAUUUCAAUAAUAUUUCCUGUGAUGGUUCUAGCAACAUGCUUUGUGAGGAAAGGGAUGGAUUAUUUUUUCUCAGAGCAUGAAUUAAAAUGGUUAGACGGAUCACCACCUAAAAAGAAGGAAAUUGAAAAUGAAAAACAUAUUGACAAUACACGUAGGAGAGAGUCUGUUUCAGCAAGAAGAGAAAGGUGUAAAUCGCUACCAGCAACAGCAAACAUGGGAUUUCGACCUCAUUUACCAAGUGUUGACGAAACUGCAAUGAAUACACACAACUUGCAUGCAUUUGAUAAACGCCAAAGGAAGAUUUCACUAAUGGCACUUCCGGAUGACAAAACUUACCGGAAGUCAAGUGAACGUUCUAUAAAUAGUGAUUUUCAGUUAUCUGUUUCCUGUUUAAACAGGUCAUUAUCACAGGAAAAUACAGACGGUAUAAGAAAUCAAGAAAUAUUUGACAAGAGGAAAACACGACGACCAUCUCUACUUGCUAUACCACCACCAACAGUGCACGAGUAAACAAAAAACCACGUGACCGCGUAACAUAUAACCAUAAUAAAACUGUAGGAGUUCAUAAAUUGAUUUGUAUUAAAGAGAGUACCGCGUUUUGAAAGUGUUGGCUUUAAGACUGAACUAGUGUAUAUAAUAAUCUCUACUGUCAGAUAGCUUCACAGAGGACAUUAUUUGUAUUAUUUGCUCGAUAAUGUAUUGAUGUAAUAUCAUAUAUGAAACUGUACUUUUUCAAUGUGUUGCUAUAAGAAUAAAUGACCUUAUAUAAAUGUAUAUAGAUGACCAGUAUGUUGAUUGACGAUAAAAACGUAUCAUUAUAACUUUUCGUAUUGUUAAAUAAGAACGAACGAUAACAUGACAUUUGUAACAAGUGGACAACAGUACAAUGCAAUUUUACUUCUUACUGUAUUGCUCUUUAAACCGAUAUAACCGUUUGGUUAUUUCGGUUAUAUUUCUAGUGUUCAAUUUAUAUUUGUGUGAUAUUUGAAUAGUUACUGUAGUGUCCAUAUAGAACCUGCUUAAUAGUUAUCAAAGUACCAGUGUUAUAAUUUAGUAUAAUUUAACCUUCUUGGUCAUCUGGGGUCAACACGUUUUGGAUUUGGGUGUGGCUCAGUCUUAAGUUUUGAGUAGUGGUUUUUUGUACUGUUGUUUUAUGUUUGCAUGGAAUUGUCAGUUUGGUUUUGACUCACAUUUUUCUGAAGUUUAUUGUUAUAAAACCGACUUAACACAAAUCAGUUACUGCAUUUUAACUAUAAUUGCUAUGUAAUACUUUAUCUAAUAUGUAUAACAUUUAUUACAUUGUGGUUAACAUGGUUUAUACCUCAAAUAUCAUCAAGUCGAAACAUUUUUAUGUACCUACCAACAGUACAAAAAAUAAUCGACUAAAGAAACAAAAAAAAGAAAAAAAAUAGAUAAACAAGUAAGUGUCUCCUUUAGUGUAUGUAAGAAUGAAUUCGCAAAUCGAAGAUUAAACAACACCGUGAACAAAUGAAAAAUGUCACAUUUUGCGAUAUAGUUAAAAGAAACUGAAGAUUUGGCAUAAUAAAGAAUUAAAGAAAAUGGGUCAUCUCAAGUGUUCCAGUAGCGUUACCAUUCAGCAAAACAUUCUAAAAUAGAUUUAAUUUUUUAAAAGUUCAGAAUACAAUUUAAGGAGACAAUCAGCAGAUCAGAAGUAUUCCAUUUAUACAAGGAUGACAAUAAUUAAACUUUUUUUUUUUAAAUGUUUGCAGUAAU